UUUUCUAUCAGCUCAGGCAUGAACUGGGACAGUCAGCUGAGCUCUAUCCUGUCAGUGGCAGAUGGCAGCGUUGCAAAGAUGAGGGAGAGACUGAGCUCACCAGGGAAAUUCACCAAAGGAGGAGAAGUGAGGUCAGAUUUGGACCCACCUGCUCUUCCCCCUCGAGGCCCCCUUCUCCGACAGCCUCCCCCAUCCCUCAGUCCUGGCGUUCAGUGGGCAGACCUAGCUGCUAUCCAGUCACAGCUCCAGAUACAGAGCCAGGCGAUUGAAUCUCUCACACAGAAACUCCACGAUAUGGAAAGGGAGAGACAGUCUCAACAAUGUCACAUUCAAACACUACAAGAGGAGGUUCACAGGCUGAGGGAGAGGGACCGAGAGAGGGACGAAUCGAGGAGGGGACAAAGUCCAGGAGCAGAGAGGAGGAUGGAGCAGUGGAAGAGAGAGGUUGGACGUGAGCUGAGCAGUCUGCGGGGACACAUCACCAGAGCCACGUCGCUAGGCAACCUGGAGGAGAGCUUCAGCUCAAAGCUCCGCCGAGAGGAGCUGGAACACCUGCGGAGAGAGGUGGACCAACUGAAAACACGACUAAGGAGACAGGAGGAGGACCUGUUCCUCCAGCAGGCCGAGGCCAGAGAGACCAGGAGACAGUACGAACACAGCUGCAAGACACUGGAGGAGCUGACAGACAGCUACAGAACUCACAGCACCGACCUGGCAAAGACUGUCUCUCAGUAUUCACACACACGAGAAGAGGUCCGCCAGAUCAGAACAAUUGUGUCAGAGCUGAAGGAGGAGGUCAGGAGACUUGUCCUCCGAGAGCGUGAACCAACACCUUUGCUGUCAGCUCACACAUCAGGGGCCUCGCCACUCGCACUUCCUUGCAGCCAAAGCAGAGGGGUCAGAGUUGAAGAGGCAGACUCUGACUCCGAAGAUUUUAGCCCAACCCCGAGCCUGGCUGAGGUCAGCUCGGAUGAUCUGUCCUGGCUGGAUGACAAAGACCCUGCCCUUCACCAGAAGCCACGAGUACGUCUGAGCGUUCAGUCCAGACGGAGUGACUUUGCUGGUCCGGGAUCAGAUCUGGAGGACGACGAUGACAGCAAUGAUGAUCUCCUUGAUGACGACGUGAACCCAGAUUUAGGAUCAGACCUGAGCCUUGACGAUCUCUGACCUUUCGUUCUGUAAUUUCACUCCAGGAGAUGGAUCCAGCUUUUCAAAUACCCGACUGUACCUGACAUGUAUUAUUUAAUUAUUAAUUAGAUUGAUUUGAUCAGUACAGUUUAGAGAUACAGCUCUGUUUCAAAAACUGAAAGAGAAAGAGACUGGAUAACACAAACAGUUUUAUGGCUUAUUUCCUUUGUGGUCCCAAGUGAAGGGGAAAGGAAAUGACGGAUGGAACAACAGAAGCACAUACACACUGUAUAGCAAGUAAUUAAGUCCUCCUACUUAGUGUUGUUACUGUCGCUUAACUGACCUGCUUGGAUAUGACCUAUGGUACAUGGUUCAUGCUACUGAGGAAACCAUGUGACUAAUAUGGUAAAUUCUCAAAUGCUAUUUUUUUAACAGCUUUUUGUGAGAAUACCAGAAGUGUUAAAAAUCACACAGUGUCAGACAGCUUAAUCACCACUUUUUUUUUCUUUCUUUAAAUUGAUUUUCAAUUGCUUGUCUAAUUAUUCUUUAAACUGCCUGAUCCAGUGUGACACAUCCCAACCCCCUGCUACCACAGCGUGCUGGAACAAGUCUGUUAUGCAGAAAGGGAAGGACAGUAUAAUUCGACUGUGAAAAUUGUGGCCACAAGGGAGCGUCUGUUAGAAUGCAUCCCAGAAAACAGAACAUUUAUUGGAAAUAGAACAUAGAGAGCUUCACUUGACGUUAACAGAGAGUACGAGGAGACUGUUGACAACGAUUUUACCACCAACAUUUUCACCAGCACCUUGCAAACACAGUAGCUAUACAUUUUGCUGUCUUCUUCUUCUUCUUCUUCAAGCAGGGUAACAUAGAGCAAUUCCUGAUAAACUGCUUCUAAGAAACCCAGUUCUGUCUGUCUGCUGAGGUUGUCAUUCAUCACAUAACCACCGGAGAAUUCAGCAAAUGCUAACUGGUUUUGAUGUUACACACCAAAAUAAUUAACAAGAAAACACACAGAGCACAUUUAAAAAUAGCUGCAGUCAAUAGUGGUGUAGUUUGUAAUCAUGGUUUUAAACUGACCCAUAGGUGCAAUUGUGUUAGUUUUAAUGUGUGUCGUUGGAUGUUCCAAGUGUGUGCAGCAGGAAAGGCGAAGCAGUUUUCCCAAAUUCGCUGUUUGCAAAUUCAGUGUUUGCAAACCGUACUUUGAACUUGAAUGGGUCGAGUAAAAAAAAAAACACUGCCUGUCACCCAACCUUGUCAUGCAAGAUGCAAUGUCUCCUGUAGUAAAUCAUAGGCUGGAGUGAUAAACUGAAGAUAACAUCACCAUAAUCCAAGAUUGACAAGAAGAUGGCCUCAAUUAUCCACUUCCUACUGCUCUGUUUCUGUACAAAUAUCCCAUUUUUUUUAUCAAAGCUUGCUGACAAGUGUGUCAAUAUAAAAUUUAAACGUCAGCUGUUCCGCCAGAUAUGAAGUUAUUUAUACUCUGGGACCCUCUCAAUGCUAUGUCCCUUCAGAGUAGUACUAUGUAGACUAUUGUCCACAAUAUCUCUGGCUGUAAUCUGUAAUAGCAUUUAUUUAGUUUUGUUUGCAUUCAGGGCUAAUUUCAAAUUAAAAUGUGCAUCUUGCAGUUUCUUGUAGGAUUUCAGUGGGUGAGUGUGCAGCAUUAACAAAGCAAUCCAGAACUGUAUCACCCACAUGCAGAUAGGUGUUACAGUUUGUUAUAGUGGAUGUAGUAUUGUAAGCAACAUUCUAAGAUAUUAUUCAACAAAGUGCUGUUUCUCCUUGGUCUAGUUAGUGAUAUCUGCUGGAGGCCGAGGACUUUAAGGAUGGAACAAAUUACUGAGAUCUGUGAUAGCUGCAAAUUAUCUUUUAAAUAAUCUGCAGUAACUGCCUCCACAUGCACAGUCUGGUAGGAUGCUGGGAACAAACCGAGGAGGUUGGCAGCGGUUUAAAAAGCCAAGAUUUGUUUGUGAGAGCUUCUCAUUCAGACAGCGACUGCUUUCAUGAUGGCAGAGAGCACAGCUUUGUGCCAGCAAAGUCACAUUUUUGUAAGCAACUUUAUUUCUCACUGUAGGCUCCACUGAUUGAACCCUUGGGCACAAAAUUUUGAAAUCACUCACUACCCAAUGUGCAUAGUGCUUUCAUUUUUGCCACACCCACGUUGCGAGUCACUGACAAUAAAUGAUGGGUCCUACCAGAGUUUAAGGACAGAAGCACUGUGAUUGGUCUGCUAAACCCACAGGGUUUGCUUUUAGGCAGAAGAUUUAAAAAUAGUUAUGUUUAGUUUGUUUGUUAUGAUUACAUCGUUGGGGCUGGUUAAAGUUUUGGUGUAGUUAUGGUCUGCAGACGUUCACACAGUGUCACACCACUGAUCACUGUGCUUUUGCCCUUACUAUGCUUAUAUCGCCUUAAGUUGGUAUUUUUCAAGUUAUUAAUAUAUUUUUUAACAAACUAGUUUAACUUUAACUUCACACCAAGAGAUCAAAGUUUGUCAAAAUGCAAGUAAUAAAUCAAGGAAAGAUUCACAGGACCUCUAAGCUCUAAGUUCUGGUGAUCAUGUAUUAUAUAUACCUACACCUUUCAGUGUAGCAGAGUAAUGGAUAUUUAAUGGCUUUUCUUCCUGACAUAAUGCACUCUUCGAUCCAAGAGGAAUCUGAUGAGGGAUGAGGUUUUGAUUCCUGGUAAUGCAGCCGAAGUGACGGCAAAGAGGAAUCAAAAAUCCAUUAACAUUAUCAAGGCAGCUACGCCCCCAGCCUCUGCUCGCUUUAUAUACACACAGCUCAGUUAAGACAGUCAAGAGUGGCGUUACGCUGCCUUGUCUGACAUGAGUCACACAGUGCCAGGCUUGGUGUCAAGCUGUUAAAUAUUUCAGCAUCCAGACACCCCCCAUUGUGGAUCCCACCCAGACCAGAGUGCAGAGCCACCAUGGAGCUGACGGCGAGGUUAGGUGUUCAUGGUGGAUUGGGUGGUGACAGUGGCCACAGACACUAUGCAGCUCAUCUAAAAGUCAGAUUGUCUUACGAGUCAAUCACAAGCAAUAAAAUACCAUUCUAGCAAGCAGUAAAUGGCACAGAGAAGAACACAACAGUAUUUUUAAACCUCUAACACACUCUCCUUGUAUAGCUGUUAAUAUUAUAGUUGAAGAGACAUUUAAUGAAGAAAAGGCUCAUUUAUUUGUUAUUGUGGUCAGAUAAUGGUUGAUGAAUCAGACCCUUCUGCUGCAGUUUUACUGCAUUUGCCAAGUAUUGUGCAGUGGCGCUGCAGUAAAGCCAUGCACUGAUUCAUUCACUGUUGGUCUGUAAAGAAAAUGUUUCUUGUCUCCAACAAUAAAAGUCUGUGUAA